AUGAUAUUAAUUUAUGACACACGGGUAAACAUUUUGCCCCAGACUGUCAUCCUCAAACUUUUUCCAGAUCUUUCUUUUUUUUUUUUAUUCUGCUUCUUUAUACAUUGCCCCACCAUUUUUUUUAUUUAUUUUAUUCUUUUCCUGUUCCUUCUCUUCUCUAGAAAAUUCUUUUUUCUCUCUCUCUCUUUCUCUUUUCUUUUUCUUCUUUUCCUCAGGAACUUUUUCUUCUUUGUCCUUUAUUCUAAAUAUUUAGUUCAUUUUUUUUCAUAUUCAUUCAAUUUUCCUCUUCCUCCACUUUCUUCUUCUUUAAAUCUUCUCUCUUUGUUCAGUCCAUUUUUAUUCUUUUUCUUCCUCUUUCCCUUCUUUUCUUUUUCUUUCUUGUUAACCACUCCUCUUUGCUGCGUUUUUUCUUUAUCCAACCUUUCUCAAUAUUUCUUUUCCUGUAGUAAUUUGUCUUUUUUCAUUCUUUCUCCUUUCUUUCAUACAAAAGCCUUCACUCAUUAUUUUCUCCCUCUCCUUUUUAAUUUCUCUCAACCAUAUUAUAUCCUGUUCAUUUCAACCAGUAAUAGUCAGAAACAACCACCAGCAACCAGCAGCACUCAGCAACAAACACCGGCAACAAGAAGCAGUCAGCAACAACCAUCGGCAACCAACAACAGUCAGCAACAACAACCAGCAACCAGCAACUGUCAGCAACCAUCACCAGCAACCAGCAGCAGUGAGCAACAACCACCAGCAACCAGCAGUAGUCAACAACAACCAUUGGUCACCAGCAACAGUCAGCAACAACCACCGGCUUCCAGCAGCAGUCAGCAACCAUCACCAGCAACCAGCAGUAGUCAACAACAACCAUCAGCCAGAAGCAGCAGUCAACUACAAUCACUGGCAAUCAGCAGCAGUCAUCAACAAUCACCAGCAACCAGCAGCGAUCAUCAGUGA